GGGUUCCCUUUCAGCUCGGGGGCAACCUGUUCGCGGUCCCCGUUUUGCCCUAGUGGGGGGUCUAGGCGGGGCCCCUCCUCCAACGCUCUCCGCACCCCGCGAUCCCCCUUGUUUUUCCCCCGCUAAGGGCCAACCUUUCUCUUUCUCAAUUUUUUUUUUCUGAUUUUUUUCUCCAAACGCGAGUUUUUUCCUAUUUAAACGACGCCCCCUAGAGGAGACUAUUUCGUAAAUAGAGGAAAAAAAGAAAUUAAAAUUGGGGAAAAAAAGGAAAUAUUUUCUAUUUCUUCAUUUUCGAAGGGAAAGUUUCAUCCCUUUAGAUGUCUGUGAAGAGUUUUAAACGCUUUUAAAGGGGAAAAAAAUUGGUUUGAAAGCUCCCUUUCUUGCGAUUUUUAAAAGCACCUUUGAAGCAGGCAGUAUGUGUUUCUGGUUGCUGUCAGCAAAAUUUGUUUUAAAGCAGGAGUCUUUUUAAUAUGCAAAUUGAAUUACACUUGAAUUUGAAUUAAAUCGGGAGGGGUUGGCUGGAAAGCAGAUUUUUUUAAUGCCGAUUGUGUUUGGAAGUGAAAUGAAGUUGUAGGAAAACCUGAGCAGUUUCCAGAAAUGAUCAGUUUGGAGAAGCUGCUCGAUUUACUGAAGGAGGCAGCAGUGUGGGGACGAGAGCAUCCACAGGCAGCAUUGAGAAACAAAGCAACGGAGACGAAAAGGAGAACUUAGCAUCACUUAAUGCUGCCUGCAUGCUUCCAAACGACUCAAGCUGUAUACGUGAAAAUACAUCAGAUGUUACCGAAACACCCACUCAGAAACAAAGCAACGGAGAUGAAAAGGAGAUCUUAGUGCCACAUAGCACUACCUGCUCGCUUCCUACCUGCUCAGCUGAUAAAUCUGGAAAAACAACGGAUAUUACCGAAACACCGGAACGCUUAAAAAGGAGUCAGAAAAGCAUGAAGGCGGAAGGCUCGGAUUCUACAGCAUCCCAUUCUUUGCCAAGUGAGGACACUGCAACAAUGACCGAAGUGAAAGUGAAAACAGAGGUACCCGAUGAAUACGUUCAGGAAGUGGUCUGGCAGGAUGACGCCAAAGAUUCUAAGAAGAACCUGAAAGAUGAGGCCGGAGAAGUUCCAGCUGAGAUCUGCGUGGUGAUUGGCGGGGCCCGUAACCAGCAGACGCUUGGUAAGCUAGGAUCAUACGAAUGCGGGAUAUGUGGGAAAAAAUACAAGUAUUACAACUGCUUUCAGACCCAUGUGCGUGCACACACAGACACAGAAGCUGCCUCGGGCGAAGGAGCCUCCCCAGGCAACAAUUUUCGGUACACAUGUGAUAUCUGUGGGAAGAAGUACAAAUACUAUAGCUGUUUCCAGGAACACCGAGACCUCCAUGCUGUGGAUGACCCCUACGACCAAACGGUCAUAGCCAAGGACGAGGUGAAGGAAGAGGAGCCUGAGCCGUUUCAGAAGAUUGGUCCAAGUAUGACUUACCGAGUUUGCAACUUAAAAACUGGCAACUACACGUGUGAAUUCUGUGGCAAGCAGUACAAGUACUACACUCCCUACCAGGAGCACGUGGCACUUCACGCCCCGAUCAAAUAUUCUCGAUCUCCACUCUUCGUGGCAGUGAAGACAGAAGCGAGUCCAUCGGGCAAAAAAGCACCGGCCUCCAUUAUCCGCUGCUCCACCCUUUUCCACCGGACUCCCUCUGGUGUCCCGCCAGCGUCCCAGUCUCAGAUGUUUCGUACGCCAAAUUCUGGAUCCCCAGGAAGCAAAGCCACCACAGAAAGCACUUUCAGCCGAAGAAUGGAAAGUAAAACGCAAAACAACGUUGAAGAAACAAACAGCAGCUCCCAGAACUCGAGUGAAACCGCAAGUCCCCUGGUUUCAAAUCCUUUCCCGCUUUUGCAAAAGAACGGUCAGAGCCUCGACAGAAUCGGCAGCAACCAAGGUGGGAAAAUCCCCAAGCGCCAACAGGAACCCAUCAGGAUCCAUCAGGCGCCUGGGGCAGACCAUCUUAAUGGGUCCAGCACCCCUGCGGAGGAAAGAGGAAGCAAACCAUACACCUGUGGGGCCUGCGGAAUCCAAUUCCAGUUCUACAACAAUCUUCUGGAACACAUGCAAUCCCACGCUGCUGACAAUGAAAACAGCCUCGCCUCCAACCACCCCAGGUCACCUCCAGCAGUGGUGGAAGAAAAGUGGAAACCACACCUCCAAAGAAACAAUACUAACAACACAUCAGCUAGCAGCUCACUAACCAACAGUGCGAUCCCCGAGAAGGAGCGGCAGAACAUCGCCGAGAGGCUGCUACGAGUGAUGUGUGCUGACCUGGGGACGCUGAGCGUGGUGAGCGGCAAGGAGUUCAUCAAGCUGGCUCAAACCCUUGUUGACAGCGGUGCCCGCUACGGCGCAUUCUCAGUCACUGAGAUCCUGGGCAACUUCAACACGCUGGCUCUGAAGCAUUUGCCUCGGAUGUACAACCAGGUGAAGGUGAAGGUCACCUGUGCUCUGGGCAGCAAUGCUUGUUCGGGCAUAGGUGUCACAUGUCACUCCCAGAGCGUCGGCCCUGACUCGUGCUAUAUCCUGACUGCUUACCAGGCAGAAGGCAAUAGCAUCAAGAGCUAUGUUUUGGGGAUCAAGGGAGUGGAUAUUAGAGAUAACGGGGACUUGGUCCACCAUUGGGUGCAGAACGUGCUAUCUGAGUUUGUGAUGUCUGAGAUCAGAACGGUGUAUGUCACAGACUGCAAGGUGAGUUCCUCCGCUUUCUCCAAAGCAGGUAUGUGCCUGCGUUGCUCGGCGUGUGCCUUGAACUCGGUCGUGCAGAGUGUCCUGAACAAGCGAACUCUUCAGGCUCGCAACAUGCACGAAGUCAUUGAGUUGUUGAACGUGUGUGAGGAUCUGGCAGGUUCAACAGGGAUCUCUAAGGAGACUUUUGGCUCCCUUGAGGAGACAUCGCCCCCGCCCUGCUGGAAUUCCGUGACGGACUCCCUGCUGCUCGUUCACGAGCGCUACGAGCAGAUUUGCGAGUUCUACAGCAGAGCCAAGAAGAUGAAUCUCAUCCAGAACCUUAACAAGCACUUGCUCAGCAACCUGGCCGCCAUUUUGGCUCCGGUAAAGCAAGCCGUCAUCGAACUAAGCAACGAGAGUCGGCCCACCUUACAGCUGGUGUUGCCCACAUACGUGAAAUUGGAGAAGCUCUUCACAUCCAAAGCCAAUGACGCGGGCAUCGUCAGCAAACUGUGCCACCUCUUUCUGGAGGCCUUGAAGGAAAACUUCAAGGUCCACUCGGCGCACAAAGUUGCCAUGAUCCUGGAUCCACAGCAGAAGUUGCGCCCGGUCCCACCAUAUCAGCACGAGGAGAUCAUUGGCAAGGUCUGUGAGCUGAUCCAUGAAGUCAAAGAGUCUUGGGCAGAGGAGCCAGAGUUUGAGCCUUCCACCAAAAAACCACGGACCUCAAGCGAAAGCUCACCAACUCAGGAAGAUGACCGAUCGGGCAAAAGCGAAGUCUACGACUACCUGCAGGAGCCCCUCUUCCAAGCUACACCUGAUCUCUUGCAGUACUGGUCCUGCGUUACUCAGAAGCAUACAAAACUAGCCAAGUUGGCCUUUUGGCUCCUAGCAGUGCCCGCUGUGGGUGCCAGAAGCAAUUGUGUAAAUAUGUGCGAGCAGGCCCUCUUGAUCAAGAGGAGACGGCUGCUCAGUCCAGAAGAUAUGAACAAACUCAUGUUCUUGAAGUCCAACAUGCUUUAAAACUCAAUAGGAGGGAGGGGGAGGGAGGGAGGGAGAUGGGGGGAAAGUUACCUUCCUACACAACCCUCUACACAUACAAAACACUGUCCCAAACAAAGAAUCCAAUUUAAGUUCUAAACACUGUGGACCUCAUUUCUGAUUGCCCUGGGAAACAAAAUUGCUUUUUAUAUAUAUUAUAUAUAUUUAAUGUGUAUAUAAAAAGCUAGGAUGGAAAGGAUGCUGGGUGUGUACCAGAGCCACACCUCUGCUAAGAACACACUCCUUCCUUGAGAGAGUGUGUGCGUGCGUGUGUGAACUUGAUAAACAUACUUACACUGGGGAGGGGGGCAGACCUAUUGGAUGCUUACACUCUGACGUCUUCAGGCAGCUGAGUUCUAGUGACUUGAAUUGUUGUUGGUUUUUCUCUUUCUCCUUCCAUGCUGUUCUGUUUCGCACAUACACACACACCCCUUCCCAACCAUCUCAUGGGCCCUCUUGCCAGGAAGACUCACACCUGCUUUCCUAGAUCCACACUGGACUUUGCUCCUAAGAUAACUGUAUACCAUGAAGGUGUUCUGUCUCAGCCUUUGGAACAUAACAGUGCAAGUUCACAAGGGCAGCUGUGUUUCCAAAACACCCAUUAUCUCUAGUAAUCAGGAAGGGAGACUUGAAGGAAUCGUUUAAAUUAUUAUUAUUAAGAGCGUUUUUUUAAAAAAAGAAAGAAAAAUAACUAUUCUGUCUCUCAUUUUCUGAGUUAAAUAGCUAGCAAUUUUGCCUUUUGAAAAGAUGUUAAGUUAGACCUGAGAGAAUUUAUUGUGGCAAAGAAUGUCUGUAACAAAUUUGGGGUUUUUUUUUCCUAUAGGUGUUUCUAUUUUUUUAUACAUACAAUAUGACCUCCUCCCUUCCCAAAUAAGAUUUCCGGAUACACGGGCUCCUUGCACUGAUACAUCACAAAAGGUCUCUGUGCAGAUUCUAGCGCUGAGAGAGAGACAGAGAGGGAGAUGGUGCAUUGGUUCAGGAUUCUUGCUCGUGGUGAGAUACCAUCAUCAGUUGACCUACACCUGAGUUUGUCAGAACCCCUUUCUUUCUCUGCCCUCUCCAAAAUUACUGUGAGAUUAAGACUGGUCACGCAUCUAUGCCAUGAGCCUUCCCUCUAGGACACAGGUGUCAAACUUGCGCCCCUCCAGAUGUUAUGGACUACAGUUCCCAUCAUGCUGGCAGGGGAUGAUGGGAACUGUAGUCCAUAACAUCUGGAGGGCUGCGAGUUUGACACCUAUGCUCUAGGAUAUCCACAUUUAAAGCAAUAGUUGACCUUGGUGCAGUGUAUUGUCCUUUAUGGAAAUGCUGGUUUUGCUGAUAUUGGGCAGAAGGUAAGAUGAACCUGUAGGCGAAUGCUUACAUAGACCUGCUUGCUUCUGCCAGCUGUCUUGUCACUGAAUGUGUCCAUUUCCUUUCUAUCGUGUAAGUGUGUAGACAGACGGGUGGUUUAAUCCUGACUUCGACAGCUCCUCAGCCAAUCACAAUUACUGUAAAACCUUACAGGGGAUGCUUUGGCAACCAAAGCAGUCACCAUCCAGUCACCUCUUCCUGCCUGGGCUGGGCCGGGCCGGGCCAGAAAGAUAUCCAUGGGAAAAGGUCUCAUCUUGUAGUAUGGAGCCAUUUCUGCUCUGAUUCUUUUCCAGAGCAAUUGGAAGUUUAGUACAAAGUGAGUCUGUGCUUCUCUUUCAUCUCCAGACUCAUGUACCUGUUUGUCCCCUUCCCUGUAGUACCUGCUGAGUUCUGACAGCUUUAUGGGAGGUGGUACAUUGUGGCGCAGCUGUGGACAGGGCUUGCAAUUGACAUGCACGCAUGCCCUGUAGGCAACAGUUGGAUGAGUCAGUUUGGUAGCCUCUUGUGCAUCGAUAUUGCAGGUGUAGGUUUGGGGAGGGGGGAUUAGGGUGAAAAGAUGAUGCACAUAGCUUGGCCUGCUGUCACCUGGCACUAGCACCUAUGGUGACAGAGGUACAAUCUUCUCAGAGCCUCAGUCUGGAUUGUCACAGUCUUGUAGUGGCUCCCUCUGAAUCAGACACCAAAUCAGACUCAUUGCCACAAGGGCCUCUUCAAACUACACCCUCAGCAGUGGCGUAGUGGUUAAGAGCAGGUGUACUCUAAUCUGGAGGAACUGGGUUUGAUUCCCUGCUCUGCCGCCUGAGCUGUGGAGGCUUAUCUGGGGAAUUCAGAUUAGCCUGUGCACUCC